CUACCGACUGCGGUAUGGCCAGGCUAUUGUGUUAUGUGAAUGCGUCACAUAAAAGCGCAUCUCCCACGGAAUCCGGUUUGUUUUGUGGACGACGAAACUGUUAAUCACACCGGCGGAGGAAGACUGCCCGUGUCCAGAGUGCCGAGCGUUUGCAUUGAGUCAUGGGUGCUAAUAGCAGUUCACAUCAAAUGGUACCCAGAAAUCCGCAGAGUGAAGAACCAGAUGCACCGGGUUCCCUCAUCCCACCGAGCCGACUUAGAUCCCAGGCCACCGCUCGACACAAGUACCUCUUGUCUCUGGACCGCAGCAUGAAGGUGUUUCUCCGGGCCAGCAACCUCCCUGGACUAGAGUACCGACUGCGCCUUGCCGGCUACCACACUUUCCACGACCUCCUCUCCACCGACAGACAGACCCUUGAGUCGAAAGGAUUUACCGGGAUCAUGGCGAUGAGGCUCCUGCGUGCCAUCGCCGACUACCUCCGCAGACAGCUCUCUCGGAGCGAGGAAGAACGACUGCCCUUCCGGCUGGUUCGCAGGGGGCAGAGGAUACAAACCGAGCCCUCGGAGAACAUGAGGGAUAACCCAAACUUCCAAAAGAAGAAUGUCAAGAGACGUAAAUUGACUGGGGAAGAUUCGAAGGGGCCCAGUGGCGGGCAGUUGCAGGCGAGUCAGAUGGCGUCUCGCAUACGACUUAUGGCAGAGAGUGAUCUGGAGCUCCAGCAUCUCAUUUCCCCUCCUCCAGAGCUGGCCACGGCUGGCGAGAACACGGAACACUCCACUGAGGACUCUGCUACUGUGGAGGGCAAUGAACACACGGAGACUGAACAUGGAACUAGCGAGGUUUCUACAACUAAUAGCAGUGGGGGAGAUGGUGGCCCGUUACCGCCGGAAGACGACAGGGGUCAGAAGAUACUCGGGGUGAUUGUGAAAGACGACGAAGCUCUUCUCGUUGUGGAAGAAGACGGUUCUCCAUCGCCCGGGGAAGACCCCCCAAUCUCAGAGCUAGAUGAUGCUGUGCUUAGACAAGAAGCUUUGCUCUCACUGAACCAGCUUCGACAACCGCCCACAGAAACUACCACCAGACACCUCUAUGUGGGUGUGGAAGAAAAUGACUCCAGUCCAACUGGCACUCCACUGCCGCGAAGUUUUUCAAUUCCAGCCGACCUGAAGUGACCCCUCAGAAUCCAGCUGAGGAAUUUGUUUUUAACCCCAUCAGAGCUUUCUCCUGCACCAUCUCUCCACCCC